AUGGCUGAAGCAAUCGUGCAUGGAAGUUUCGCAAUAGAAGCUUUCGAUCCUGCCGUUACAAAUUGGAAGCGUUGGCUAAAACGUUUUGAGGGAGCCGUUACAGUGUUCAAGGUUCCGGAACCACAGAAAGUGGCGUACCUACUACAUUUCAUCGGAAGUAAAUCUUUCGAUAUAUUAUGCGACAAGUUAGCACCUCUCGACCCGUACACGCAGACGUACAACACAGUCGUAUCACAUUUGCAGGAUUUUUACGCCCCUGCACCGCUUGAAAUAGCGGAAAAUUAUCGAUUCCACCAAAGGAAGCAGUCCGACGGAGAGAGCAUACACCAGUACGUAGCAGCAUUACAUAAGAUGAGCAUAAAUUGUAAUUUUGGAGGAUACUUAAAAACGGCGUUGCGGAAUCAAUUUGUUUUCGGGCUUACAAGCCGGCGUACACAAGCAAGGUUAUUGGAGACAAAGGAUAUAACUUUCGACAAGGCAGUCGAAAUUGCCCUUUCAAUGGAAUUGACGGAGAAGGAUGUAAACCAAAUUCAGGCAGCGGGAGUAUCAUCCGUGGACUACGUGGGCCAGAAAGAAGCAGCAAUGGGGAAGAAGGACAAACGGUCACAACACAAGAAGCCAACAGUAAACAGACCAGCUGUUUUCCAGAAAGCAAAGCGUGCCAUACAGGACGUUCCAAAUUAUAAUAAUACAAGCGGUAUAAAUAGCGUUACAUGUUAUAGAUGCGGAGGUAAGCAUUUAGCUUCAAAAUGUACAUUGAAUAGAGAAAUCGUGUGUUCAAAUUGCAGCAUUAAAGGCCAUUUAGCAAAAGUAUGCAUGAGAAAGAAUAGAGCAAAGGCGCAUCAACUAAGCGACAUUUUAUGGAUGAGUACGGAACAUAUUAAGCAUAGAGAUAGGUAUUUUAUUUCCGUAGAUAUAAACGAGAAAAACGUGCGUUUCGAAAUAGACAGCGGAGCGGCGGUUACAAUUGUUAGUAAAUAUUUUCUUGAGCGUUGGUUUCCGGAUGCACAAAUAGAGAACACAGAUUUGAAAUUAUUUACAUUUUGCAAAACAACAAUUACGGUUGUAGGUUACGUAAAAGUACAAGUACGUUACAAAGGAAUUAUCAAGUCAUUAAAUAUGUACAUUACAGUCAUGGAUAGAGAACCACUCAUGGGACGGGAGUGGAUUCGUCAGUUAGGCGUACAAUUGACCGACACAGUAUUUACGUUAAAUUCAAAUACAGGAACGGAAUUACAUAAAAUUCUGCGCGAUUACAAAAACGAAUUGGAUCCUUCAAGCACAAAAAUCAAAGGAAUACAAGCGCGACUUAUCCUAAAAGAGAACGCGAAACCAAUUUUUCUUAAAGCAAGGAAAGUACCAUUCAAAAUAAUACCUUUAGUAGAUCGGGAGAUCGAUAGACUCGUUAAAGAAGGAGUUUUACAAGAAACGAGCGCGGCAGAAUGGGCGACGCCGGUCGUGCCAGUCUUAAAGAAAGACAAUUCGGUGAGGCUCUGCGGCGAUUUUAGCGUGACGGUAAACAAACAAUUACUAGUAAAUGAAUAUCCGUUACCUACAGUAGACGAACUUUUUAGUACUCUAUCGGGAGGCCAAAAAUUUUCAAAGAUAGAUUUGAAGCAGGCCUAUUUACAAAUGGAAAUUCAUCCCGCGGAUAGAGAGUUAUUAACCCUAAACACACACCGGGGAUUAUACAAAUGUACGCGUUUAUUAUACGGGAUCGCUUCGGCGCCGGCAAUCUGGCAGAAAGAAAUCGAAACUGUACUGAAGGGCAUUCCGGGCGUCUCUGUUUUCUUAGAUGAUAUCAAAAUUACAGGUCCGAACGACCAAGUGCAUCUGGAACGACUUAAGGAAAAGGGAUACAUUAUUGCGGUUAUUACAUUGAUAAAAAGGAAUUCAUAA